CAUGGCCCAAGGGUUUGGUUCCCUAUAAAAGCUGACCCUUUCCCAGUCUUCGACACUUCAGUUCAGUUUGAGAAUCAUGAAAUUCCUGACCAUCUUUGCAUUCGCCUGUGUGGCUUCGUUUGUGGUGCUCCACGGUGUCUACGGCUCACCGCUGCCGGUGCCUAAUCCGGAACCAAGUCCUGUGCCCGAACCUGCACCCAAGGCAGAGCCCGUGGCCAACCCCAAACCCGUGGCUGCUCCAAAUCCAUUGCCGGUAGCCAAUGCCCCCCAGUCCGCAGCCGCAGGUGAUGGGAACUUUGUGGCUCUUUCCGCCAAUGCCGAGCCCAUGGUUCUGUCUCCAGAAGCUGCAAACCUAAAGAAUGAAGAAACCCCGGUCAUCUAACCAGGAGUUAAAGAGCAGCAGCAGCUAAAUCCUACUGGAGCCUAGACACAAGCACACAAGGAAGACGCACACACGCAUAUAUAUAUUUAUAUAUUAUUAUUGUAUAUUAUGUAUUCCAACAUCCAGCAUGGGCAUUAAUAAAAAUGUAGAAGGAA